CAAAUCCUUCUUCUCUCCAUCUGUCUCUCUCUAGUUUAUUCUCUCUCCACCUAUACAUACAGCUCAUACAUUUUAGAGAGAGAAAAAAAUGAACGACAAAGUGCAUCCGUCGGCGAAGCCAGCCGCCAACGGCGGAGCUCCGGCGGCGGCGAACGGCGAGGCGAAUUUCCCGGCGAACAAGGCGCAGCUCUACAACACCAGCCGCCCGGCCUACCGCCCGCAGCCGCCGCCGAAGCGCGGCCGCGGCCACCGCCGCAGCUGCCUCUGCUCGUGCUGCCUCUGGUCGACGAUCGCGAUCCUCCUCGUCCUCCUCCUCGCCGCCAUCGCCGGCGCCGCGAUCUACGUCCUCUACCGCCCCCAGCGCCCCUCCUUUGCCGUCAAUUCGCUCCAGCUCUCCAGAUUCAACCUCACCGACAACUCAAUUUCGUCCUCCUUCAACCUCUCCGUCACCGCGCGGAACCCUAACAAAAAAUUGACCUUCUUCUACGACUCAAUUGCCGUCAAAUUCAUCUCCGGAGAUCUCGACAUCGCCGACGGAUCCUUCCCCGGCUUCACUCACGGGAGGAAAAACGUUACGACGCUCAAAAGCGUCGUCUCGAGCUCCAAAAAUCAGAUCGCGGAAGGCGCCGACACUACGCAGCUGAAAUCGAGCUUGAAGAAUAAGAGCCUGCCGCUGAAGAUUCAGCUGGACACCAAAGUGAAGGUCAAAAUUGGGGGAAUUAAAACGAAGAAUCUCAGAAUUAGGGUUACCUGCGACGGAAUUAAGAUCUCGAUCCCCAAUGGCAAAACGGCGACGUCGGCGACGACUUCGCACGUCAAAUGCAAGGUCGAUCCAAGGAUUAAGAUCAUCAAAUGGACGGUUUGAGCAGAAUUGCUGCAUAAGGUGUGAUUUUGUUUUUGAGGAAAAAAAAGUUUGUUUUUUUUUUCCUGUUUGAUUGUUUUAAUUUCUUUUUGCAUUAUUUUUUUGGAUUUGGUAUAUGAUUGUUGCUGUUAGGAGGUAAUUAGGACUUCUCAAAUUUUAAUCUGUGAUAUAUACAUAUUUUUUUAGUUUUUAA